CGACCAAAACCCUAGCCUCGCAACAAACCACCGCCGGACGUCUUCUUUGUUACACUAAUAUUGUUGAUCGCCUUUGGUAAUCAACGUCAAACACUCCCCCGCCGUCAUCAUCAUCUUCCUUCUAUCUAUUUUGUCCGAUUCGUCUUGUUAAUCGCCGCCGGAAUUCAACUUCAAUUAACCUCGCCGCCGUCAAUUAAAACCAUAACUGAUUUCGUAUUGUUAAUCAAUGGAGGAAGAAGAUGUGAUAAGCGAUGAAGAAAUCGAACAAUUAAUAAAAGUUUGUACUUUUUGCUGGAUUGUGGAGUCUGGAUGAUUCAGAUGCAGUCAAAAAUGCUAUUGAGCAGCCAGGGGAGUACGUCAUGAAGCCGCAAAGAGAAAGCGGAGGUAAAGAAUGGCUCAAAUCAAUAGGCCAAACGGCCAAACAAGUCUGGUUUUGGACCAAACCAAUGCCACACCAUUACCAUAUGGUCCCAUUUGUAGUUCUGUCAUUCUCAAAUGUCCAGAGCUGGUUGGUUUCCUGCCCUGUUUAGUACUGCUAUUCCACCACCGCCACCAUCCAUCGAUCUAAUUUUUCAGGCCUCAGCGGUCGCCGUAGCUUCCUGGACGCCGCCGGCUCAAUCAUCUAUUGAUUCAUUUUCAAUUUUAUGAUGAUUGCAUAUCCACCAUGUAGUGGCUGGAGAAACAGGUGAUUUCAGGACUGAGCAAGCCAUGUCAUAUCGAGCAUGCAAAACAUGUAACAAGAAAGUUAAUGAAGCUCUUGAUUCUGGUUACUGGUGUGAAGCAUGCCAAAAGAACGAUGCUAGCUGCAGUUUGAGGUAUAUAUUGAGUGCAAAUUUUUCUGAUGCAAGUGGCGGAGCUUGGUUUUCAGUUUUUAGUGAAGAAGCUGAGAAAAUAGUUGGUUGCUCGACUGAUGAGCUUGAUAAAAUGAAGUCACAGAUCUGCUGUAUUGGAGCUGGAUAUGUCGGGGGUCCCACGAUGGCUCUGAUAGCACUUAAGUGCCCGGAUGUUCAGGUGGCUGUGGUUGAUAUUUCUGUACCUCACAUCAAUGCUUGGAAUAGUGAGCAACUGCCAAUUUAUGAGCAGAGUCUUGAUGAUGUCGUGAAGCAAUGCCGAGGCAAGAACCUAUUCUUUAGCACCGAUGUGGAGAAGCAUGUGUGUGAGGCGGAUAUAGUGUUUGUUUCGGUUGACAAAGCUGCAGAUCUGACGAAAGUGUGACUCGUAUGAUUGCUGAUGUGUCAAAAUCGAACAAAAGGAAAAAAUAAUUAAACACAUUGUGUUUUGGCAUUCUAAAAGAUUCAACAUGUCGAAACACAUUGUGUUUAGAACACCUUGUGUUUAGCAAGUGUAUGGGUUUUUCGAAACCGAAACACAGUAUGUAUAAUGUACAAAAACACCUUGUGUUUAGAAAUUGUAUGGGUUUUUCGCCCAAACACAAUGUGUAUAAUGUACAAAAACAUCUUGUGAUUAGAAAUUGUAUGGGUUUUUCGCCCAAACACAAUGUGUGUAAUACUGUAAUCUAUAAAAACACCUUGUGUUUAGAAA